GCAGAUGGAGGCUGACCGGGGGGCGGAAAACUCACGAUGGAGCGGCGACGACGCGCUGCAGCGUAGUUUCACCUGGACACCGAGCUGCGUUUAAAACCUCACCCACCUGCACACAGUCACCGAGCACGGAGAGGACCAGCACGAUAUGCAGUCAUGAAGCGUGUUCGCACUGAGCAGAUCCAGUAUGCCGUGGCUCAGUACCUGAAGCGGAGGCAGUAUGUCGACACCGACGGCUCCCUGAAAGGAGCCAAACUCUUCCAGUCAGCAGAGGAGAUGGCGGCCAGCCUCACAGUGCAGACAGAGUCGGGGUGCGCCAACAUCGUCUCUGCCGCUCCCUGUCAGUCCGACCCUCAGCAGUAUGAGGCUCAGUACUCCCGGCUGCGCUCCUUCCUGUCAGAAACCGAGAUCUCCUGGGCGAAGGAGGUGAGCAGCAUCCUCUACCCGCUCUUCGUCUACCUCCACCUGGACAUGGUGCACUGCGGCCUGAAGGGGGCGGUAGAUGGUUUUUACAGCCGUUUCCACGGAGCCUUUCUUCAGGACAGCGAGCAGCGCGCCAUCAUCGAGCAGCUCCGCCACGUUCUCACCGCUCAGGACGUCGCAGCCAACCCCAAGCUGAGUGCUUUCUUGGAGCACAAGUACGUGGUUCACCUGACGGAGCCGGCCUACAGCUACCUGCUGCGGUACCUGCAGAGCGAGGACAACAGCGCCCUCUGCAGGGCCUUCAGCACACACCUGCAGGUGGAGGUCACCGCCUCCAGGCGCACAGACUACCAGCUUUACGGAGCAGCCGGCGGGGCGACCACCGCCCCGAACUCCACCUCCUCCUGGGCGGGAGUGGACGGGGCGGAGGGCGGGGAGGGGGUGGAGGUCCCUGCAGGGAUCCCACAGAGCGAGGCGGCCCUGGAGGCGCUUCAGGACUGCAUCAAGAAGGUCCGCGAGGGCCCCCCCACGCUCACCACCGUGUGUUUCUACGCCUUCCACCACACGGAGCAGAUGUUGAACACCGCCGAGGUGUCCGCCGACAGCCGGCUGCUGGCCGCCGGCUUCGACAGCUCCACGGUGAAACUGUGGAGCCUCCGAGCCAGAAAACUGAAGGCCAAACCGCAUCAGGCGGACGUGUCACGCAUCCACCUGGCCUGUGACGUCCUGGAGGAGGAAGUGGACGAAGAGGACGGCUGCGGCAGCGAGAUAAAGACGCUGAGAGGUCACAGUGGCCCCGUGUUUCGUACCGCCUUCCUGACGGACAGCUCCGGCCUGCUGUCCUGCUCCGAGGACACGACCAUCCGUUACUGGGACCUGGGCAGCUUCACCAACACGGCGCUGUACCAGGGACACGUCUACCCGGUGUGGGACGUGGACGUCAGCCCCUGCAGCCUUUACUUCGCCAGCGGCUCCCACGACCGCACCGCCCGUCUCUGGACGUUCUCCCGCACCUACCCGCUGCGGCUCUACGCCGGGCACCUCGCCGACGUCGACUGUGUCAAAUUCCACCCGAACUCCAACUACCUGGCCACCGGCUCCACAGACAAGACUGUGCGUCUGUGGAGCACCCAGCAGGGGGCGUCUGUUCGCCUCUUCACCGGCCACCGUGGCCCCGUGCUGUCUCUCGCUUUCUCACCUAACGGGAAGUACUUGGCGUCCGCCGGCGAGGACCAGAGGGUGAAGCUGUGGGACUUAGCAUCUGGGACGUUGUUCAAAGACCUGCGGGGACACACGGACAGCGUCACCAGCCUGUCUUUCAGCCCGGACAGCAGCCUGGUGGCGUCCUCGUCUAUAGACAACUCGGUGCGGGUGUGGGACAUCCGAAACUCCCACGGCGGGACGCCGGCUGACGGCUCGUCCAGCGAAUUGGUGGGAAUGUACACUGGAAACACCAGCAACGUGCUCAACGUCCAGUUCAUGGCCUGCAACCUGCUGCUGGUGACGGGGACGGCGCAGGAGAAGGCAGAGCAGUGACCGCGGCUGGUUGGUUUUUUGUUUUGAUGUUUGGGAGAAAAUAAUAUCUCCAGGUGUUUAUUUGAGGAUGUCGUCACCAGAUUUCUUCCCCGAAUCAACCGCUGAGAGCUUAAAGGGACAGGUUCGAUGUUCUGAACUGGGCUGUAUGAGGUAUUUUUCUACAAACAGCAGAUGUCAGUCAGCACGCCACAAACCAGGAGAAGCAGCAACUAAACGUAUUUUAUGUAUAAAAAGUCCCAUCUAAAAAAAAUAAAUAUCACUUUAAAUAUGCACAAUAUGAAGAGUAUUUUCACUGUUUUAACAGGAUGUCAGACAAUGAUUUACAACGAGAAAAUUAAUCGUAUCGCUCUCUUCAGACAGUUUGUGUCAUUGUAAUUUAGGACAGGAACCAAAUAUUCCACUAUUUGUUAAUUGGGCAGGUAUUCAAUAUUCUGAUAUUCUCUCUCAUUAUUUUUCUUUUUGCAGAGGAUGCAUGCAAUUUCAGUGUUUGUGAUUCUUCCCUUCCAGCUGACCAAAAAUUCAAUUAUUUGGAGAAGCUCCGAAGCUCAGACAAUAGUAUUCGGGACAGCCCUGACUGGUGUGACAGAUGGACAGGAUGGACAUCAGUUUUUUUGUGCUGCUUCAGACGCAUUUCACAAGAAUUCAAAUAUCUUUAACGUUAGCGAACUGGUUUGAUUUCUUUCAAAAACAUGAAAUAAAAGAAAUAAGGAAACUUGGAAAGAAAUGUUCUGCAAAU